AUGAAAAUUACAGAGGAUUUACUGAAAUUCUUGUUUGUUUCUGUGUCAUCAAAUACAGAAUCGCUGAAACACAGGCAAAACAGAGACAGCAAAAACAACAAAAAAGAAAAAAAAAAAGAAACCCCAUUCCCAACUGCUCAAACGAUGAGGAUAUAUUCUCUUGACAGUGCUUACUUCAUUAUUUUUUUGAUCACUUCCUCUUUUGGAGGAGGUGUAGAAGCUCACCCAUUUCAAUGGGGAAAAGUAAUAUCGUCAUAUACAGCGGAGGAAAAUUCAAAAGCUUCUGAGUUACAGAGACGUGGAUUGUUGGAGAUAUUCAAAAUAAAGAAGUCAGCUGAGGCAACAGCCGAGGCGAAUGGACAUUCGGUAACUAUUUCCAAAACAGCCCCAACUCCAAAUUCCCUUGAAGCAUUCAACGAUUUCAAUAGCCACUAUUACAAAAUCUCUCCAGAACCAGUUGAGCUGUAUGAAAUAGGAAAUGAUAUCGCAGACGAUCUAGAGCCCCCUCAAAAGAAUACCUCUGAUAAUGAGAGUGACUUUGGCCAUGCUGUCAAAGACAAUGAAAGCUCAAAUCUGGUUCAUGACAACAAAAGUUUUGAACAGUCUGUUGAUAAAGCAAACGAGGACAAGACCAUCUACAACCACAUUACGGAUCUAUUUGAUAAAGAAGGCCAAGGCCCAGUAGAAGCGAGUAAACAACCUCCGAAUGAAUCAGAAGAAACUUACAGAAAGGGAUAUCUUGAUGCAUUACGUGAUUAUGGGAUCGAGGAAUCGAUAGAGUUUCGGAAGAGUAAAACAAAAAAUUUAGAUUUGACGAUGCAACAUCCAAAAGACCCGCAGGUUAAAAUAAACUAUAAUAAACCAAAAAUCCCACCAGCGUUGAUAACUAAUGAUAAUAAGUUUCAAAACGAAGAAUCUAAUGAAGUCAUUGUUGAUGAAGCAUCAAGCCUUAAUAAAAAGGUUCACCUCGAUGACCCAAAGGAGGAUUUAGCAUAUGAGCAAUCAAAACAGUCUACAUCAACCUCUUUGAAUGAUGAAGAAUCGAAUGAACACAAUGUGCAGGAUAAUCCUGAUCAAUCACCAGAUGAUGAAGUGAUUGAUAUAUACUCCAUCGGACUCGGGGCAUCUAAUAAUGAUAAAACAAAAAUCGAAAGUGUGAAACUGACGGUUUCUAAUGAUGAUAACAUAUCGGCAAAUGGAACAAAGAUUUCAAGAAAGUUCAGAAAAGACUACUUUAUCUAUGCAGUGAUUGCCAUUUUGUUUUCCAUUUAG